AUGGGUUCCAAGAAAUUGAGCAAACAAAAUGAGCCAAAAAGCUCGAAGAACGAGCCUCCAACGCUUUCAGAAAAGGUGAAAAAAGUGGGGAAAACGAAAAAGAUAGAGCUGAGCACAAGUGGGAGUGAAAGCGAGAGUGAAGACGAGAAAAAGUCACAAAAGAGACGGAAAUCGGCUAAGGGGAAGAAGGAUGUGAAAAGGCAGAAAACGGGGACGAAAUCGGCAAGUUCUUCGUCAAGUUCGUCGUCGAGUUCUUCGUCAAGUUCGUCGUCGAGUUCUUCGUCAAGUUCGUCGUCAAGUUCUUCGUCAAGCUCUUCCUCUUCGGACGACGCAUCGGAUUCUUCUUCGUCAUCAUCAUCGUCAUCGUCAUCAUCAUCGUCUAGCUCCUCAGACAGUGAUUCGAGCUCAUCUAGCUCUUCAUCUAGCUCCUCAGACAGUGGUUCAAGCUCAUCUAGCUCUUCAGACAGUGAUUCUAGCUCAUCGGACAGUGACUCGUCGAGCUCAUCCUCUGACAGCUCCUCAAGUUCAUCUAGCUCCUCAGACAGUGAUUCGUCGAGCUCAUCUAGCUCCUCAGACAGUGAUUCGUCGAGCUCAUCUAGCUCCUCAGACAGUGAUUCGUCGAGCUCAUCUAGCUCCUCAGACAGUGAUUCGUCGAGCUCAUCUAGCUCCUCAGACAGUGAUUCGUCGAGCUCAUCUAGCUCCUCAGACAGUGAUUCGUCGAGCUCAUCUAGCUCUUCAGACAGCUCUUCAGACAGCGAUUCGACGAGCUCAUCCUCCGACAGCUCCUCGGGCUCGUCAAGCUCCUCUGAAAGUGAAAGUUCUGAAGACGAAUCUUCAUCGUCUAGCUCGUCUUCAAGCUCGUCUUCAUCCUCGAGCUCUUCGUCUUCGGACAGUGAGUCCUCUGAUGACGAACCAUCCCCCAGCGUCUCCAGUGAGAAACCCGGGCAAUCAAGCUCUUCUUCCAAGACAGCGUCUCCAGAGACCCCUGCGCACAACCCUGGUCACAUUUCAGCGGGUAUCGAUGAAUUGCAACCUGGCCAACGCAAGCACUUUUCAAGAAUUGAGAGAUCUAAAAUCAGUUUUGAAAACGGUGCUCUGACCGACAACACGUACAAAGGCGCAGCGGGUACUUGGGGUGAGAUGGCAAACGAGAAACUGGGAAGAGUUAGAGGUAAGGACUUUACCAAGAACAAGAACAAAAUGAAAAGAGGAUCCUACAGGGGAGGUAGUAUCAACUUGAGCACGGGUUCUUACAAAUUCACCGAUUAG